CUGAAGUCGCUGGAGGAAUUGGACAAAGAUGAUCUGAAGAAGUUUCAGUGACACUUAAGGAAACAUGAGUGUAUAUCAACAUCUGAAAUGGAGGAUGCAGAUUGAUUAAACAGUGGAUAAGCUGGUGGAGUGUUUUGGGCCAGAAGAAGCUGUGAAGAUCACGGUCGGCAUCCUGAGGAAGAUGGACAAGAACAAACUGGCUGUUCAGCUGGAGGAAGAACACAAGCAAGCUGAUAAAUAUCCAGUCCAGAUAAGCAGCAGUGCUCAGCCUGGAGCCAAUGUUGUUGAAGUGAAAGCUGAAACAGGUGCAAGUGUAAAUGCUCCUGUACUCGCUGGAAGCACCUUCACUGGACCAGUACACUUCAACUUCAGCUCACACGCUGCAGGAAACGAUAAACACAAAUGCUCAGAGACAGCAGAGAAUAACAGAGAAAAACAAGGCUCAGCUGCAGAGGACAGUAAAGCUACUUAUAAUGAUUACACUAAGGUCUUGAAGGACAAGUUAAAACAGCAAUGUGAGCGGAUAUUGGUUGGUAAUUCCCAGACGGGUGAAAAUAAAUACCUGGACGAUAUUUACACUGAUUUAUAUGUGGUGGAGAAUCAGACUGGAGGAAGAACGAAUGAACACGAGGUGAGACAGAUCGAAUCAAAUCACAACAGACUGACUGCCAAGGACACGCCGAUCCAGUGUAAUGACAUGUUCAAAGACCAUAUGGGUCGACAAAACAGAAAAGUGCUGACAGUGGGGAUUGCAGGAGUGGGAAAAACUGUCUCUGUCAAUAAAUUCAUCCUUGACUGGGCUAAAGGAAAAGAAAAUCAAGAUAUAAUCUUCAUUUUUCUACUCCCAUUCCGUGAACUGAAUUUGAUGAAAAAGGAGUACAGUCUCAUGGGAUUGCUUAACACAUACUGCUUUAGUGGCCUUAAAGAGCUGACAUCUCUUCCUGAAGAUGGCAAUAAGGUCAUGUUCAUUUUUGAUGGGCUGGAUGAAUGUCGCUUCUCUUUGAGCUUUGAAGAGGGUGACAGCUUUACAGAUGUUAAUAAGAAAACAACAGUGAGUAAGAUAGUUACAAGCCUAAUCAAGAGACAUCUGGUUCCCUCUGCUCUCAUCUGGAUCACAUCCAGACCAGCAGCAGCCAGUCUGAUACCCCGACAAUACAUUGAUCAGGUGACAGAGAUACAAGGAUUCAGUGAUGAGCAAAAAGAGAAGUACUUCAUCAGAAACCGCAGUCCUGAGGUUGCUGAAAACAUCAUCCGUCACAUCAGAAAAUUCAGAAGUCUGUACAUCAUGUGUCACAUCCCGGUCUUCUGCUGGAUCUCUCUCACUGUUCUUCAGCCUCAGCUGGUUCAAGAGAGCAAUGACAAAACACCUACAACCCUCACAGGGAUGUACACAAACUUUUUACUUUCUCAGAAGCAGCAGAUGAAAAUAAAAUAUUGCAAGGAUCCUAAAACUAAGGCUGAAGUCAUGUCUUUUGAUGAGAUUAUUCUGAAGCUUGGGAAACUGGCCUUUAAACAACUACAGAAAGGUAAUCUGAUUUUCUACAAUGAAGAUCUUGAGGAGUGUGGGCUAAAUGUCAAUGAAGGGUCUGUGUACUCUGGGUUAUGCACCCGGAUGUUUCAGGAGGAAAAAUCUAUGUCAGAGAGAAAUGUUUACAGCUUCAUACAUCUUAGCAUCCAGGAAUUUAUUGCUGCUCUCUAUGUGUUUUUUAAUAACAAAAACAAGAAAGCAAACCCAUUUCUAAAAUCCUGGAAAAAAACGACAAAUAUCCUGUCCACAAAGCCACUGUUUGAACUUCAUAAAGCUGCAGUCAAUGAGGCUUUACAAAGUGAGAAUGGACACCUGGACCUCUUCCUCCGAUUCCUCCUGGGUCUUUCAGUAGAGUCCAAUCAGACAGACCUGAAGGAACUACUGCCAGGACUGGAGCUCAAAACAGAGGACACCAAAGACACUGCUGACUAUAUCAAAAAGAAAAUAGAGAUGGAGGAAUCAACCGAGAGGACCUUCAAUCUGUUCCACUGUCUGAACGAACUGAAAGAUGAAUUUCUUGAAGAAUUCCAGAAGAAUCUGUGCUCUGGAAAACUUUCAGAGCAGAAUUUCUCCUCUGUUCAGUGGUCAGCUCUGGUGUUUGUGCUCCAGAUGUCAGAAGAGACUCAGGAGAAAUUUGAACUGCAGAAAUACAGAAGAUCUGAUGAAGCACUGAAAAGACUGCUGCCAGUCAUCAAAAACACCAAAAGAGCACUGCUACAGUGCUGUGAUCUCACUGCUCAGUCUUGCGAGAGGUUGUCAUCAGUUCUACUGUCAUCAAACUCUAUCCUGAGAGAGCUGGACCUGACUAACAAUGAUCUGCAGGAUUCUGGAGUGAAGCUUCUUUCUGAUGGACUGAAGAGUCUAAACUGUCAACUGGUGAUUCUGAGGCUAUGUGGAUGUAAUUUCACUGCUCAGUCUUGUGAGAGUUUGUCGUCAGCUCUACAAUCCUUAAAUUCCCAUCUAAAUGUGUUGGACCUGAGUAGCAAUGACCUGCAGGAUUCUGGAGUGAAGCUGCUUUCUGAAGGUCUGAAGAGUCCAAACUCUAAGCUGGAGAUAUUAAGAUUUUCCAUCUGUAAUCUCACUGCUCAGUCUUGUGGGAGUUUGUCAUCAGUUUUACAAUCCUCAAACUCUGUCCUGAGAGAGCUGCACCUGAGUAACAAUGUUCUGCAGGAUUCUGGAGUGAAACUUCUUUCUGAUGGACUGAAGAGUCCAAACUCUAAGAUGGAGUUAUUGAGAUUUUCCAUCUGUAAUCUCACUCAUCUGUCUUGUGAGAGUUUGUCAUCAGUUUUACAAUCAUCAAGCAACUGUUUGAGAGAGAUAGACCUGAGUAACAAUGACCUGCAGGAUUCAGGAGUGAAGCUACUUUCUGAUGGACUGAAGAGUCCAAACUGUCAGUUGCAGAUUCUGAGGUUGUCUGGCUGUAUGGUGACAGAGGAGGGAUGUUGUUAUAUAUCUUCAGCUCUGACUUUAAACCCCUCACACUUGAGAGAGCUGGAUCUAAGCUAUAAUCACCCCGGAGAUUCAGGAGUCAAGCUGCUCCAGGAAAAACUGGAGGAUCCAAACUGCUCACUGGACAAAUUCAAUGUGAAGAAUGGAGGGGAAUCCAGGAUUACAGCAGGACUAAAGAAAUAUGCCUGUUUUUUCACACUGGAUCCAAACACAGCAAACACUGAUCUCAUUCUGUCUGAGGAGAACAGAAAAGUGACCUGUGUGCAAGAGAAACAGCCGUAUCCUGAUCAUCCAGACAGAUUUGAUGUACUUCAGGUGUUGUGUAGAGAGAGUGUGUGUGGGCGCUGUUACUGGGAGAUUGAGUGGAGUGGAGACUAUGGUGUGUGGAUAUCAGUGUCAUAUAAAAGCAUUAGCAGGAAGGGACGGGGUGAGGAGUGUGAGUUUGGACGUAAUGAUAAGUCCUGGAGUUUGAUCUGCACUCCUGACAGUUACUCAUUCAGACACAAUAACAAAGUGACAGAUCUUCCUGUAGAGUCCAUCAUCAGGAGAAUAGGAGUGUAUGUGGAUCACAGUGCAGGAACUCUGUCCUUCUACAGCAUCUCUGACAGAAUGAGACGCAUGCACAUAGUCCAGACCACAUUCACUCAGCCGCUCUAUCAUGGGGUUGGUUUUUUUUCUUAUGAAUCAUCAGUGAAACUGCUGAUGAAUUAGAAGAGUCUCACAAGAGAUUCUACCCAUAAUUCUUUGAGCUGCAUUAAUCAGUAACAGUGGGAUGUUAUAGAGUCUCUUCAUGACAUAAAAUCAAUCAAUAUCAACAAAAUAAAUUUUUUCAAUGCAGAGGAAACAGAAGCGGGACUUCGUAUUUGUAUUUACCCACUGUUUAAUGCAGGACAUGAAUGCAUUUGACCUGCAGUUACAAUCGCAUAAAUAAUGUUUUGAUAUAUAAGACAUAAAAUGUUAAAUACUCAUUUGAAAAAAAAACAUUAUUAAUAAAAUCAAAAGAUACUUUAAAUGUGAAAUUAAAACUGCCAGUAGGUGUCAGAAAGUCACUUAAUAAGUGAGUCAUUGCGAUUGAACCGAAUCAUUUAAACUGGUGAUUCUUCAGGAACGAAACACCAUCAUUGCGGAGAGAGGCAAAACUGUGCUAUGGUGGCUGUCUUUGGAAUUAUUUUUAUUGUCGAAAUAGAGUAAAAACAGGCAAUAUGGUGUCUAGCAUGCAAGUCUCUUAAUUAAAUUCUUGUUUAUUGAACUGUUGUAAAAAACAAUCUGUAUGUAAUCAUGCAGAUUUUUUAAAAUAUGGCACUCUUCAUGUGAUAUUGAUUUACUAUAUGAAAUUAUAUAAAUAUAUACAUUUUCUGCCCCAUAUCUUCAAUUGUGUGCAUUUUAGCAGACUGAAUCAUACAGUGAAAGAACGCACUCUAAAUGUGCACGCACUAGUGUAAUCUACCAGACUUCACAGCACUAUAGGUGUUUUGUAUGGUUUUUGGCAAAAUAUUGAUCAUGUCAAAUCACACAUCAUUAAAAUAGCAAUUACAAUAUGAUCAUAGACAAUAUAUAUCACACACCCUGCACCACUAUCUGUUUGGCUAAUUUGUGCAAAACCUUUUGCUAAACUGUCAAAGCUUAAUUUUAACCACCAAUGCAAUGAUGCAAGUUUUACCUUAUCUCUGCGUGCUUGCAAAGGGUUGAUGUCAAGAUUUUAUAAGCUGCUACUUUGGUCUUUCUAUGCAAACACAACUUACAACUUCAUAAUAGAGCUUAAAUAUGGCCAGGGCUUCACUUAAUUUCCUUCGAGUUCGAUGAUUUGACAGCUGCAGUCAGGGAAAAUGAAAGA